AUGACGACCGAGGUCGAACUCGAAACUACUGUGGGCACAAUCACCGUCGAACUCUACACCGACCACGCGCCGAAAACGUGCAAGAACUUCUCCACGCUCGCCCAGCGCAACUACUACAAUGGCGUCGUCUUCCACCGCAUAAUCCCCAACUUCAUGAUCCAGGGCGGCGACCCCACCGGCACCGGCCGCGGCGGCGCGUCCAUCUUCGGCGAAAAGUUCGAAGACGAGAUAUCGCCCGCGCUGAAGCACACCGGGGCAGGCAUACUGAGUAUGGCGAAUUCAGGUCCAAAUACAAAUGGAAGUCAGUUCUUUAUUACCUUGGCGCCGACGCCGUGGCUGGACGGCAAGCAUACCAUAUUUGGCAGGGUGAAGAGCGGGAUGCAGGUAGUGAAGAAGCUAGGCUUGGUCAAGACCGACAAGGAGGAUAGACCGGUCGAAGAGGUCAAAAUUGUGAGGGCAUACCCUGUCGAGAAGGAUGAUCUCGUGUGA